CAGGAACCGCUGGUCAGACAGGCGGCAGAAUACGGAACAGAGGCACUUCAGACAGCGGUCAGACUCAGCUCACGGAUCAUGCAGUUGUUUAUAAACAUUUGAGUGGUCCAGUUCAGUUAGUAGACUCWUAAUUAAAUUAAAAAUAUCGAUAUGACAACGUUCGUUCACUGCUGCGCCAAGGACGGAGACUAUUUAAGCUGUAAGUAAACUGUCCAGAAACACCACUGCCGCCCUUUGCUUUUCCCCUGCCGCGUUUGGCUCCUCGCCUCCGGCCGCAUCGGAUGUCUUAAUGGCGGAGCCGGCAGAACCAGCGGCGUCGGGGGUCGCGGAGGGGGACAAGACGGACGGGAUAAACGACGCGGAGAUGGCUCUGAAAGGAAUCAAUAUGCUGCUCAACAAUGGGUUCAAGGAGAGUGACGAGCUCUUCAGAACAUACAGGAACUACAGUCCUUUGAUGAGUUUCGGGGCCAGCUUUGUGAGUUUUCUGAAUGCAGUGAUGACAUUCGAAGAGGAGAAAAUGCAGAUGGCCUUUGAGGACCUCAAAGCUACAGAGAGGCUGUGUGAAAGUGAAAACACUGGUGUUAUCGAAACCAUUAAGAACAAGAUCAAGCGGAGUCACAUGGACUCUCAGAGGUCAGGGGCCGCUGCAGUGGAUCGACUCCAGAGGCAGAUCAUCAUUGCAGACUGCCAUGUUUACCUGGCAGUUCUGUCUUUUAUUAAGCAAGAGCUGUCAGCAUAUAUCAAAGGAGGCUGGAUCCUCCGCAAAGCCUGGAAGAUGUACAACAAAUGUUACAAUGACAUCACACAUUUACAAGAAGGCGGCAGAAAGAGGACUCCCGAACCGCCGUCUGCGUCUUCCACCUCCGACCCGUCCGGCUGCAGCCGCCCCUCCUCGCACGGGCCGAGUCCGCCUCAGAGGCUGGACGGCAUCAGUCCCGAGGCUCUGGAUCGGCUGAAAGGGUCGGUCAGCUUCGGUUACGGUCUGUUCCACCUGUGCAUCUCCAUGGUGCCGCCUCACCUGCUGAAGAUCGUCAACCUGCUGGGUUUCCCCGGAGACCGACAUCAGGGCCUGUCGGCGCUCACGUACGCCAGCGAAAGCAAAGACAUGAAGGCCCCGUUAGCUACCCUGGCCCUGUUGUGGUACCACACUGUGGUGCAGCCUUUCUUCGCUCUGGAUGGCUCGGACACACACGCAGGCCUAGCAGAAGCCAAAUCUAUCCUUAAACGAAGAGAGGCCAUCUAUCCAAACUCCUCCCUCUUCACGUUCUUCAAAGGCAGAAUUCAACGCCUCGAGUGCCAGAUCAGCAGUGCCUUGAUGUCCUUCCGUGAUGCCUUAGAGCUGGCCUCUGACCAGAGAGAGAUUCAACAUGUGUGUUUAUAUGAAAUAGGUUGGUGCAGCAUGAUCGAGCUGAACUACCGAGAAGCCUACAGAGCGUUUGAGCGACUGAAGGCUGAAUCACGCUGGUCCCAGUGCUACUACGCCUAUUUAACAGGAGCCUGCCAAGGGGCCUCUGGAGAUCUGGCRGGAGCAGUUUUAGCUUUCAAAGAUGUUCAAAAGCUUUUCAAGCGAAGGAACAAUCAGAUCGAGGUGUUCGCCAUGAAGAGGUCAGAGAAGCUCAGGAGCCCCAGUUUAACCAAAGAGCUCUGCAUUUUGGCUGUGAUUGAGAUUCUGUACCUGUGGAAAGCCCUGCCCAACUGCUCCACUGCCAAGCUGCAGACAAUGACACAAGUCUUGCAGGGGAUUGAUGACACCGCGUGUGCUGGCCUGAAAAACCUGCUUCUUGGUGCCAUAAACAAAUGUCUCAAUAAUACCAAAGCUGCCAUGCAGUAUUUCCAUUUGGCUGCAAGAGAUGAGGUGGGUCGUCAGAGCAAUUCCUAUGUGCAGCCCUACUCCUGCUAUGAACUGGCCAGUGUCCUGCUAAAUGCUCCUGAGACUGCAGAAAAGGGCAGAAUGCUAAUGCUUCAGGCUAAGGAGGACUAUGCUGGCUACGACUUUGAGAACAGACUCCAUGUUCGAAUCCAUGCGGCUCUCGCCUGAACCGUGGAGCAGCACAGCCUCGCCGCGCCUCUGAAAAUGGCAGAAAAUUCAAUCAGAACCCUAAUAUUUCACUACAUGUCUUUGUUGUUUCGAUGUUUAGGGCCAAAACAUCACUUAAAUAACAAAUGUUUCAUGAAGAAACAUGAAAAAAAAAGGGUUUGUUUAUUUAACUAUUGCUGCACUGCACAAAAUGUUAGCACAUAUUUUUUAUUGUAUCGGUUUGUUUUUAAAGUAAAUGCUGAUCAGGUCAAAUGAAAGGACACAGUCAUUCAAGAGAGUAAAAAAAUCAUCCUCGUUUGGCAGAAAAUCUUGUCAAAUUAUGUGUUGGCACUUUAAAAGUUAUUUUAGCAAAGAAAAUUCUAAAGCAUAAACUCUGAAUGUCUGUGAAGCCAGUAAAAAUCAGUGUUGUUGCUCAGCCUUUGUGCUGUUAUCGCUAAUUCAUUGAGAAAAAAUAAUGUGUCCAUUUUUUGAUCAGAAGUGUUUUUUUUUUUGUUGUAAAUAUACAUUGAAUACGAGUUUUAAAGAAAUGUGCAGUCAUUGCCCCACUUGUGAGUGGCUUAAAUGCACAAUAAAACAGUUCGCUGUAAACAGGUUUUACUUUAUAUUUGUUACAAGAUGAAUUAAAAAAACAUGUAAAAUGAU